AUGACGUUUGUCAUUCCCAUCAAUUCACAAUUUGAUACAGGGGAAUGCAUACACAAUGGCAGAGCCUAUUUGGCGCACACUGUAUGGCAGCCAGGUCCCUGCUCCGUGUGUACAUGUGAGGACCCCAUCAUCUUUUGUGAGAAUAUUCGAUGUACGAACCCUCAGUGUGACUUUAAGAAGGGGGAGUACCUACAGAUAUCUGCUGAUGGCUGCUGCCCAGAAUGUAUGACCAACAGAUCCUCCUGCAUUUAUCAGCAACAGACCAUACCACACAAUACUGAGUGGAACCCAGAGCUGUGUGUACGAUGUCGUUGUGAGGACGGUGAUGUGGACUGCGGGCGCCCGCCCUGCCCGGAGACCCGGUGUCGCCCUGGGGAGAUCUCCCAGCACCGUCCGGGUAGCUGCUGUCCCCAGUGCAUACCUGCUGGCAGGCCGUGCACCUUCGAGGGCAUCCAGUAUCCAGACAGUGCAAACUGGGAGCCAUUGCGGUGUACGCAGUGCGUCUGCACCGACGGGCAGUACAGUUGCUACCCCGUUAGAUGUCCACCGCUCGUUUGUUCAGAGAAUGAGGUUUUGGGGACCCCAGAAGGAACCUGCUGCCCCGUUUGCCAAGGGACCAACAGCACCUGUCGGGAGGGAGUCAGGGAGUAUAAGACCGGGGACCAGUGGAGUAGAGAUCCCUGUACGCUGUGCGUCUGCAUAGGGGGAACCAUCGUAUGCACACAGAAGGAAUGUGUGGACGGAGCAAUAUGCCAGCGGGGAGAAGAGAAGAUUACCAGGCCAGGUGAAUGCUGUCCAGAUUGCGUUCCCAUGUCAGGAACGUGUAAAAGCGUUGACCCCCCGCGGUACAGUGGUGACCUAUGGAACUCAUCCCGGUGUGAAUACUGCAUGUGUGAUAGAGGUCAGGUCACCUGUUACACAGCCUCGUGUGAGAACACCGUCUGCUUCAAGGAGGAGGUUCUAAUGCGUCACCCGGACAACUGUUGUCCUCAGUGUGUCAUACCACCAACAUGUGAGCAGUCGGGACAAGUUCGAAACGAUGGGAGUCGCUGGAUGGAAGACGAGUGCACGCUGUGCUACUGCGAUGGUGGGACCGUUCGUUGCUACUCAGAGCACUGUCCUGCCUGUCCAUCAGGCCAGCGUCGGUCCCCUGCACCAGGAGAGUGCUGCAGUCCAUGUGAACCAGUCCACUGCAGUCCACAAUGCCAAAGCUGCGAGGUAGGAGCCCCUGACAAUUGCACAGCCUGCACAAACACCCAGCUCUACGUCCAAGAUGGCCGCUGCCUGCACACAUGUCGUAUGGGGUUCUACCCGUCACCUCGCGGGCUGUGCCUGCCGUGUCACGCCUCAUGCUAUACGUGCGUCGGUGGCACCCAGUACCACUGUGACAUGUGCCAGCCAGGUCUGAUGUGGAAAGACGGGGAGUGCGUCACUCAGUGCGGACUGGGCUACUAUCUUCAGAAUGGCCGCUGUCUGGAAUGCGCCCCCUCCUGCAAGAGUUGUAGUGGUCCAGGGGCAGAUCAGUGUCUCUCAUGCGCGAAUCCUGCACAAGUUGUCUCCCUUGGAAAAUGUGUUGACGACUGCUCGGAGAACUCAUUUGUUCGCUCGGGGAAGUGUGUCGCUUGUCACCCAACCUGUAAGUCCUGUUUACCGGAUGGAUCCGGCUGUGCCGUCUGCUGGCCAGGUGCUCUUCUGCAACUCGGACAGUGUGUCACAGGCUGCUCACCUGGUUUCUAUGACAACAAGCUGGGAUCUUGUUCUGUUUGCCAUGCAUCAUGCGAGACCUGUGAGGGACCAACCAAUAAGAACUGCUCAUCGUGUUACCCAGGAAACGAGCUCAAGAAGAAGGGGAAAUGUCGAAGCGUGUGUGAUGACGGCAAAUAUAUGGAUGUGGAGGGGUUGUGUCGAAACUGCGCCCCAGGCUGCCAGGAGUGUCACGCGGGAUACAUAGGGGACGGUACAUGGUGUACCGCGUGCGUUGAGAGGGAUCACGUGCCAGAACGCAGCGGCUGCAUUGAGCAAUGCAAAGUGGGACAAUACCAGGAGCACAAGACUUGCAAAGACUGCAGUGAGGAGUGUUUGUCCUGCACGUCCCCCAGCACAUGUACGCGGUGUAGCAAGGACACCCUUCUCUAUCUCGGCCACUGUGUGAGACACUGCGGGCAGAGGCAGUUUGAAGACGGAGCCACCCUCACUUGCAAAGACUGCAGCAGCAACUGCCUGAGCUGUUAUGGAGUGGAGGAGUGCAGUGUCUGUGACAGUACCACCUUUCUGCAGGCGGGAAAAUGUGUCGCUAAGUGCAGACAGGGAUUCGUAGCAAACCCCAAAAUAAGACUGUGCCAAAGAAAUACAGGGCCCCCAGUGUUCAAGGUCCUUAACCAUGUUGAGGUGCCAGACGGGGAACUCGGACCCAUCCUCUUGUCAAUGUUCUACAUCUCGGACCCUGACACGUCCCCUGAGAGCCUCACAAUUACUGUGGUUACGACUCCACUCAAUGGCGACCUUAUUAAGGUCAUCAAAGGUCAGGACGUAAAGGUCAAGGCUGGAGAUAAUGUGACCGUUUCGGACAUGUUGUUAGGAAAACUUUGGUUCAAGCACAAGGCUGGAAAAUCUGAAAGAGGCAAAUGUGUCCUUCAAGUGACCGACAGUCAAUUAACAAGUGCUGUUGGUGAGCUGUACGUACAGGCUGUGAUGCCAUCUGCCAUCUCUAUAGCAACUAGGUCAUUGUUACUAGCAACGCAAGGGGAGGUCACUGUUAUAUCCACAGAUGUUCUGAACAUAAGUGCUAAGGCAGCAGACGAAAACGUGAAACUCACAAUUUUGCAAGGUCCAAAACAGGGUGUCAUAGUAAAUAAAUGGACCAGUGAGGCUGUAAGAGUAUUCUCCCUUGCCCAGUUGAGGUCGGGGGUCAUAGGUUACAAGCACAAAGGUCAGCCGGGGUCAGAUAUCGUGAUGGUACAAGCUAGCGAUGGGUUCCAUGUUUUCAACUUGCUGCUGCAUAUUCAGAUACUAGAAAAGGCGAGUGCAAGUCCAGUGCUGAUGCGUAACAACGUGGGCCACGUCUCGCUGGGAAGCAUGCUCAAGCUGUCACCUGAUCUCCUGCAGGCCAAGUGUGUUGAUGGAUCACAGACGGAGGAGGUCGUGUACACCCUCAACCCCUCGCUGAACAACCCUCAAGAGGGGGAGAUGAUCAUGGUAGUUCCAAUACCCCCGUCGGGCAUUACACACGGCUGGGAUGACCUUGGGGACGGCAAUAUGGCCGCCCGCCUGACCCGCUUCCUGCAGAGGGACAUUGACGAGGGCCGUAUAUUCUACAAGAAUAAGGGAACUGCUGCACUAACCGACUUUGUCAGAUUUGAGAUUGCAGACACGGGUUCUUCACGGACGGUCUUGACAGAUCAGACGUUUAAAAUCACCGUGCGAGAGAAGAAGAACCCUGGUCCCAUUACGCACCCAACACUUGUGGAUGGGGCCACCCUCAAAAUAAGGGUCCUGGAAGGCCAGCUGGCAGCCAUCACUCCAGGCAGCCUUCACUUUGUGGACGACGUCACAGAACCGUCCGGUGUCAAGUUCACGCUUACCCACCCUCUGGGGCCGAGGGACGGAAGUCUGGAACACGUGGAACGACCCUCGAAGAAUCUCAAGACUUUCACCCAGGAGGACGUGAACAACAACAGAAUCAUUUACCGGCCGCCAUUUGCUGAGCUAGGGUUCAAACAGAGAGAUGUCUUCUUUUAUUUCACGGUGGAAGAUGAAGAAGUGGGUGUACCUAUCCAGGAACACAAGUUCGUGAUCACCCUCCUGCCAGUGAACAACCAGCCUCCUCGCCUGCUCUCCCCCACCCCCGUUCUGCGAGUGUCCCAGGGGGGCUCGGUUCCGAUUGGUCAGUCCGUGCUGACCAUAGUGGACGAUGACACGCCCCUGCACGAGCUGACCGUCACAUUGACCCGGGGCCCACAUAGCGGCCUGUUUGAAAAGGCCACUUUGCAGAGGCAGAAAGAGACGAUUAAUCAAGGUGGAACGUUUCCAUACCCUGACCUGGCCAGUCACAUGUUCCAAUACAGCCACGAUGGUUCCAGUCUCCUGUUUGACACUAUGCAGUUCUCAAUCAGCGACGGGAACCAAUCUACGCCCAUGUCGGUGGACGUGAAGGUGAUCCGCGUGGACAAGACUGGUCCGCAGCUGGUGCCAUCUGCUACCUGUAGACUGGUUGUGAAAGAAGGAACAACUCAGCUGAUAACAAGAGAUGUGCUUGCUUUCACUGACCAGGAGGACAGUGACAUCAGUCUAAAAAUAGCGCUUACCAUGGAAACAACUCAUGGGAAGCUGUUGCUAAGUAACCAACAGGUCAUCGUCAUGGGCACAUUUACACAGGCUGAUAUCAACAGCGGUAAACUAAGCUACUUGGCUGACUCAGAGGUGGGCAUUAACUUUGUUUCCGAGGUGAUGACCUUCAACGUCAGCGACCUCAGCGGAAACAUUCUGCCCAGUCAGACCCUAUAUGUGCUCGUAGAACCAGUCAAUAACGUCCCUCCAAAGGCACAAAUAGUGGGGGACCUCAAGGUCAGUGAAGGUAUGGACAAGGUCAUAUCCAGUGACCUUGUUCUGAUUGAUGACCUUGACACACCCCUGUCAGACCUCACCGUAACCAUAGUGACACAGCCAGAGUUUGGGGCAAUCAGGAACAGGGAGCCGGAGAGCACCACUGGUCUGGUUACGUCGUUUGCUGCGGAGGAUCUCCGGAAUGGCUACAUUUUCUAUACCCAGUCUGACCACGCUGAAAAGGAACCAGUCAGCGAUGGGGUCGUCUUCUAUGUGGAUGAUGGUGCCAAUAGAUCACCUCCAUAUCGCUUGAAUAUUUCAAUUGAGGGUGUGAAUGACGAGCCCCCAGUGGUGGUGCUGGAGCAGCUUUUUGUUCAGGAGGGUCAAAGUGUGACCUUGACCAACACCUCCAUCUUCAUCACUGACCUUGACACCGGCCCUGGCAACAUUUCCUUAGUCCUGGGUACGCCCCCUGAACAUGGAGUACUUAAGAGAAAAGUAUCCAAAGCAAUGCAAGUGGAUGCUGCAGAAUUGCUGAAAAAGAAUGCCUCUUUUGUUUACAAGGACAUAUUGGAAGAGCUUCUGAUCUAUGUCCAUGAUGGGAGUGAGGUCUCGAUUGACUCGUUUUCAUUAGUUGUUUCCGAUGGCAACCACACUAUGCGGGGUCGCGUCCCCGUCAUUCUAGGACUUGUCAGCGAUGAGACGCCUCGGGUCACUGUGAACAGGGGCUUACGAGUUUAUCCUGGUUCAAUUACUCCAAUUUCUAACAAAGAGCUGUCCAGCUCUGACCUUGACACUGAUGCUGACCACUUGACCUUCACCUUGACCUCUGAUCCCAAGGUCGGGUCACUGUACCUGACCUCUGCUGGUCAGCCACGCCCUGUUAGCAUGCUGGGUCCUGUUAGCAGCUUUAAACAACUGGACAUUGAUCAAGGCUAUUUGGAGUACCGCCACAACCGAGGAGAGUCCACAGGCAGCGUCAUGUUUAAAUUCACCAUAUCUGACCCGGAGAGGAAUGAGGCCAGGGGACAGGAAUUCUACAUUACAGUCUUAGAGGACCGGUCUCCUCCCCGACUUCUCCAGGGGAAAGAACUCGUGUGUAGGGAGGGUGGGGAGGCAGUUAUCACCCCUGAACAACUCUCCUACACUGACGAGGACUCGCAGGCUAGUCGGCUCCAGUAUGUCGUCACAGCAACACCACUACUGGGACAUCUGGAGAACAAGAAACAGCCAGGAGUCCUGAUAACAGAAUUCUCACAAGCAGACAUAACUAACGGCAUCGUCAAGUACGUCCACACCAGCACCAGUGAAGAGUAUGCAGACAGGUUCACGUACUCGGUUACCGACGGCAACAACCAUGUGACUGGGACCUUCCAUGUGACCUUGACCCCGGUGGAUGACUCCAUUCCCAUGGUUACCGUUGGGGUGCUGAGAGUGCAGCAAGGGGUCAGGAAACUGAUCUGCGAGUUCGACCUUAGAGCUGUGGAUCUUGAUACAAAGGAGGACUCCCUGACGUUCACCAUCACUCUGCCCCCGCGCCAUGGCACAAUAGAGCUUCUCUCACACUCCAGCUGGAACACGACAUCAGUCUUCUCAAUGACCCAGAUUUACGAAAAUCAGGUCAGCUACCUACCGAAGCCAGGGGAGGCAACCAGUGAUGUCUUCAUGUUCUCUGUCACAGAUGGCACUAACAAUCGUUUUACUCUUGUGGGCCCUAGUGGUGUUGGACAGGUGACAGUACCCUUGACUGAACCUCAGACAAUCAACAUAGAAAUCAUGCCAAUGGAUCUUGGAAGUCCGAUCAUUGUUGCCAAUCAGGGUCUGCAAUUCCUCGAGGUGCAAGGGUCAGGUACUGGAAACAUCAUCACGUCCCAUGAGCUGCGAUCCAUCGAUGAUGACACCUUGCCAGACAAACUGAAAUAUGUAGUGCGCACCAAGCCUGCCUACGGCCGUUUGGAGAUGACAAGCAAUGCUGGAGUUGAAAUUGGGACCUUCACUCAAGAAAACCUAGACAACUCCCUUAUCAGAUAUGUUCUGACCAAACCCGGCCUAUCCUUUGAGGAUAAUUUUGUGUUCGAUCUCUAUGAUGGCAAACCGAAUCGUGUGCCCGGAAACGUGUUUCACAUCACGUGGUCUAGUAUAGAGUUUGAGCAGGUGUUGAUGAACAUCACAGAAACCUCAGGACUGAUCCAGGUCCCUGUGAUCAGAAAAGGAUACCUCAAACAGUACUCCAUGGUCACGUGUGCCACAGUGUCCGGUACUGCCACAUCCAGUGAGCAGGGCAGUCGCCCAGGGCAGCAAGACUUUGUGCAACAUAUGGGACAGGUACAAUUUGAUGAGUGGCAGGACAAGCGUCUGUGCACGAUAAUCAUCAAUGACGACUCCAUAUUCGAGGGGCGUGAGACGUUCUAUGUGGAGCUGGUUCAGCCGACCUUCACCUUGCUGGGCCCCGUCAUGAAAACAAGCAUUACUAUAGAGGACAUGGAGGAUGAGCCAGUGUUGCAGUUUCAGAAGUCAGAAUAUCAUGUGCAGGAGGGAGACAGCUACCUAUCGGCAAACAUCAUUCGCACGGGUGACAUCAGUAGCACAGUGUCCACCAUCUGCUACACGUCCUCUCUGACAGCCUGGGGUAGUCCCCUAGACCGUCUGGACUCUGGGUCGGACUACAUCUCCCGCGGCAACGCCAACUCCAACAGAGUUAUCUUUCCAUCUGGUGUUACCAUGGCAACAUGUGAUGUGAAGUUGAUAGAUGACAGCGUAAAUGAGGGUCUGGAGCAGUUUGACCUUCAGUUGACCUUGCCGUCUUACGGGGCUAGACUGGGACCACUCUCCCAUGCCACUAUCAUCAUUGAAGGGCCCAAUGAUGAAUCCAGUAUCCAUUUCUCUGCACCCUCCUACCACUUCUCGGAGGAUGCGGGCACAAUUGAGGUUGAGAUUUUGCGGUCAGGGGCGGACAUCAUGCACUCCUCCACGGUUUGGUGUGCGACAAGGCUGGCAAACCCACCGUCCGCCUCCGCCGGGCAGGACUAUGUACCCAGUGCCAGCCAGAUCACCUUUGGACCAGGGCAGACUUCACAGAAGUGUGAGUUGACACUGCUCGACGACUCGGACCAUGCUCGACUGGAGGGAGACGAGACGUUCAUAGUGUUCCUCAGCUCCGCCAUGAGCAGUAACCUCAUUCAGCCGUACACGGCCAUCGUUCACAUCGACGAUUCACUGCUCGACGUUCCAACAAUGAGCUUCAUAUCUACAACCUUGGUGGUAGAUGAGAGUGCGGGUUUACUGGAAGUGCCUAUCAUGCGCACAGGAGACUCAAAUCUUGAGUCAUCAGCGAUCUGUUACACGUCAAUGGGCUCGGCUGAACUCGAGUCGGACUACAUAGAAAGAAGGAUGGUGGAGGCCUCGAGGAUUGUGUUUCACGCAGGGGAAAAAAUGAAGAACUGCACGGUUAAGCUCGUGAAUGAUGACAUGUAUGAGGCAAAUGAAACACUUCACGUGAAGCUUGUACAGGCCUUAGGGGCAGAUAUGUACGAAGCACGCAUUGGUGACGUGAAUGAUACCCUUGUAACGAUCACCAAUCAGGACGAUGUUCCCAGAGUUCAGUUCGAAAGGUCAGCCUACAGCAUCCCUGAGCCCAACUCCAAGGACCAAAUCUCGACCUUGACCUUGAAGAUCAUGAGGUCAGGCGAUGUAACCUUGGCCACAAGUGUGAAAUGCAGCACUCGGGACGGUUCUGCGACGUCAAGGGCAGACUUCAUUCCUAAGAGUCAAGUUCUUGUGUUUCCUGAAGGGGUUCGAACAAUGAACUUCUCAGUGGAUAUCCUCUACAACAGUGAUAUAGAGUGGCAUGAGACGUUCAGUCUGGUGCUCAGCGCAGGUCAGCCAACAGGGGCGAUGCUGGGAACCGUAUCCAUAGCAACCAUCACCAUCCUUGACAACGAUGUAUCGGGCAGUAUGGUCUUACCCGCGCCACCUGUGGUUGUCUCCCUUCUUCACUAUGACGAUGUCACAAAUGGGAUGAAGGUGGAUGCCACUCCGGGAUAUCCUGUCAUCUGCGUUACGCCUUGCGAUCCACACUAUCCAAGCUACAGUGCCACGAAACGCUUGUGUUCAGAGGCUAACAUCAACCAGACGGCCAUGUACUACCGCUGGGAAGUGUCCGUGCCCGACAUGCCCGGCUCUCGGCCCCCUUUCAUGGAACUCUCAUACAACACCAUUUUUACAAGCGUCAAUCACAUAACACUGGAUAGCAUCUACUUCCGACCGAGUUUCCGGGUGCGAUGUGUGGCGCAGCCAUUAAACGAGAAAGGAAAUCCGGGAAUUCCACUGAAGAGUAACCCAGUGACGAUCGGACGUGACAAUGCCAUAUGUCAGGCCCCAGCCUUCUCUGGGCUGCCUUUCAGCUAUCAGGCCCAGUCGUUUCAUGCAAAACUUUUUUACGUUGGCACUGAGGACCCCACCCACCCAAACACCAUACACGUCUCAGUGCAGAUUCCGCACCAAGACGGAAUGCUGCCGUUGUUGUCAACUUUCCCGAUCACGAAUUUGAAGUACCUGCUCUCUGAACCGGUCUAUAGACAACAGCAUUUGUGCUCCAACCUAAUAACUCCAAACGAAAGAUCUUCGCUGCUUCAGAUGGGCUUCUUAAAUAACAAAACUCUCGCUUCCUAUAAUAUCUCAUCAGUUAACGAUUUUCCGUACCAGUUUGAUGCAAAUCUUCGACAAAACUCAUCACUGAUGUUGUAUAAGUAUCUGGACCUCAAGAAAUGCAUGUGGAAUUUCGAGGCCUGGUUUGCGAUGACCGACCUGGUUGACCUUUGCGGAGGUCGAGCCGUGUCAGAUUUUCAGGUCAGGGGUGGUGGAAAGACGUACCUGACUGUGCGAGUACCACUGUACGUGUCCUACCUGUAUGCUGUGGCUCCUAUUGGCUGGGGGUCUCUGGAGCACAUGACGGAGCUUGAGUUCUCUUUCUACUACGACACGGUGCUGUGGAGGUCGGGGCUCGAGACCCAGGGCGACAUCGGGGGUCGGCUACAGGUCAUGAGGGUCCUCAUACAGGACGAUGGGCGACUGGCUGUUGACUUCAAAACACAGGCAAAAUUCAGAGGCCUUUAUGUGCUGAGUCACCCCACAUUGCCAGAAUACAAGAGCCGCUUCAUCUCCAAGGAGACAGACGCCAUGUUUGACCUUGAUCUGGUUUGGGGUCAGAACACGUUUGACGGCCCCCAGCAGUUGUGGCGAGCUAGAAGUCACUAUAGUUUCAAGGAUUACACGGGGGAGUAUGUGGUGGAGCUGAUACCUUGCACUGCACAGCCUCAUCAGGGCUACACUAUACUGUCUCCACCUACGUGUACGGCUCAUAAGCCACAGAGGUUUGAUGUGCCAAUAGCCUUCCAGCAGUCUAAUCGUCCUGUUCCGCUUGAGUACACGCUGAACACGCACUUCCAGCUGACAAAUAACGAGCAGACAUUCCUAAGGAAUCCUUUCACGUCAUUGGUUGAGAAGGAUAUGAGGGAGGAGCUUGUGGCUUUCUCGCAGGGUGACCGCAUAUAUGGUCGGGUGAUGUGGAGUCCAGAACAAGACUUGAAGUCUGCAUACACGUUAUCACUGGAGAAGGUCUUCAUUUGCACAGGAUCAGAUGGACAUGUUCCCACAUAUGAUCCCACAGGCUCUGUGUACAACAACGGGCCCCAGUAUGGAUGUAUACAACCCAGCCCUAAACUGAAAUACAGGUUCCAUGUUCUGGACCGGGGUGCCCCCCACAUGACUGCACGGGAGUUUGAGGGUGUCAAGUUUGACGCCCAGUUUGUGUCGGAAAACCAGCGGUUCACACGCCUGAUGUCGAUCAACGGGCUGGAUGGCUUUGUACUGAACGUGGACCCUCUUUACAAGGUCACCUCUGGCUUCCAGUGGUACAUUCAGGUGAUAUACUCCAUUGGACCAGCAGACAGUCUGUUCCGCAGAAAAAGAUAUACUGUCCUCUCAUUGGACAGAGAAAAGAGAGCAGAGAAUAUGAACAUGAAAUACGAUUGGUUGGAAAACAACAGUAGUAAAAAUGGAACAAAUAUUCAAAUAUUGCAUUUAAAUAAUACUCAGGUGAAGGAAAUUAUUGCCAAAAAUGACAAGAGCAAUUUACUAGUGGUUGUAGUGCCGAUUAUUGUAGCUGUGAUAUUAAUAGUAACAGUUGUAAUUAUUGUCGUCUGCAUGAAGCGGCGGCGACGCAGACGUCGCAAACAACCCUCUUCCACGAGCAUGAGAAACAAUCUAGAAUUAGCCAACCAAAACUCUGUGAUUUAUAAGGGGAAAAUUAACAAGCCAGUCACUGUACGAUGCAGUUCAAGCCAUGAGCUUAAACAGUCGGUUGUGUACAAAGCGGAUCAUGGGAAAAUGUCGGUCCGAAUCAAGGACACCAAUAUUCAGAAGGCAAAGAAUAUUACUAAGGGCAAUGGCACAGAAGUUUGAAGGAAGAAUAUUAAAAUUGUUUAAAAGUUUAAUGAAUGCUGAUGCCUAAAAUUGAUGCUCUUGUCUAAGUAGAGCUGAACAUGUGUUUGUCAUGUCCACUAGGUGUCACUUUUCAUCUUUUUGUUUUUGUGCCAGUAAUGAACAAGACCAUAUGAAUAGAAGUGUCGACACAUUCAUUGUGAAAAGAAAUGAACAAUUAGUUUGAAAACAAAAUCAAUACAACUAAUGGAAACAAAUACCACAUUCAGUAGAAGAACUACCGUAUUCAGCUGCGCCUGAAUUGUUUGGUUGUCAUAUAUGAACAUGGUGAUAUAAAGUGAUUAGGUCUUUAAAAGAAAUGAAGUUAUGUUUGUCUUUUACCAUUAAAAAUGGAAACAUUAACUAAGACACAAUUUCGUUUUUGGAAUGUUUUCACUUGCAUUGAAUGCAGGAAUUAAUUGGUAAACAGCUAUUUAAACAGUUUUGUAAUUAACCAUGAAUGAUAAAAGAUCAAAGUCUUGUUAAGAAAGGUUUGAAUUGUGUUAAAUUUUAAUUGUAUUGGAAAAGCAUAUGAAUUUUUCUUUUUUUAGGCAGACUAUUUGUGCAUCAAUUUGUUUGACCAUUAUAAGACCUGGGAAAUAUUUACAGCUAAAUAUCUGUCACUGUUAUUGGAUUUUAUUAAAACAUAUUACUUGUACGUAAUUUUUGCUGCACUUUGUAGUAGGAAUGUACGUCCGACAGUUUGAGGUUAUCAUGUGAUUAAUUCUGUUAUAUAUUUGUUACAUAUCUCUCGUGACAUUUACCUCAUUCUUCACGUAAUUUGUGUUGCACCAAAUUGGUGUUAUUGUAAAAAAUGUAUGUGUGACUCAUGUGAUUUCCAGAUUUAAAGCAUAUGGUAUGACAGAGCUGCACAUUUCUACAUCAGAUAAAAUUGUUUCUUUUUCAAAUCUUGCGAUCUGAUGUUGUUGUUUUUUCCUAAAAACGAGAUUUUUACACUGUGUUAUUCUUACACUUUUGACACUUAUACCAUAAAACAACAUCAUCAUAAAAAUUAAGUAAAAAAAAAAGAACUGACGCAGCAAUGCUUGAGGACUGGAUAAGAAACUAUGCAGAGCCUUGCUGCGGGAAAACUGGGCUUAAUGCAUGUGUAUAAAGUGUCGUCCCAGAUUAGCCAGUCUCCACACAGGCUUAUCAGGGGCGAUACUUUCAAGCCUAAACUAGAUGUUCAUUUAGAAAUGGAAAGUUUUGUAAGCCUGUUCAAACUGCACAUGCUAAUCUGGGACAACAUUUUACGCACAUGCACUAGGCCCAAUUUUGCAGGUUGAGGCUCAUUAUUAUUUAUUCCCCUGUGGGAUAUGCUAUCAUCAAAUAACAUUUCAUGAAUGAGUGUGAUAUUAUUUCAAUGACAAUGUAUGAAUCAAUAAUCAUAGUGAUAUUCCAAUAAUUUACCUCUUGCUACCUGUACUUAUGUAUAUAAUAUUUAUGUAGUUGGUUUUGAAUUAACACAAAGGGUAAAAGUAUAUUUGUAAGCAUUGAUUGGCUGUCAUUGGACUAGAAAUGAAAUGUAGUAUUUUGUUGACAGAAUAAUUAUGUGAUGGACGCAAUAAAUUUGUUUGUGGUCUAUUUUGAAGUUUCUAAAUUCCAAAUUUGACAUCUUUGUCUUGUUUAACUCUUUCAGUGCUGGAACCGCAUUUUG